AUGGCCUCUCUCACACUGCUGCUGGUUCUGGUUCUGGUUCUGGUCUCUGGUGUGGCAGCCAUCAGUCAUUAUUACAGGUUCUACGGAGGAUCAGUGACCUUCACCCCAAAAGGCCGGAGCUCAGAUGGGACGUAUGUGGUGGAAUUGCGCAACAAGCAAGCCCACUAUAACUGCUAUCAGAGCGGCUUCACGUGUCUCAGUGGUGAUUGUGGAAGCCUGAACCGAACCCAAAGCGGAACUAUCGGCAGCUAUUCCUACGGUUAUUACUGGUGCCAGAAUGAGGUGAUGAUGACCCGACAUCUCUCCAGCAACCUACCCUUUGAGCUUCGGUAUCCCGUCCCCAAUUAUUAUUACUAUGGCCAGGGAUACUGGAUACCAAACAUCGCAAACUCCCGAGCUGUUUGGAUGAUGAUGACACACGUGAACCUGGGAAACCGGUCUGAUACUGGGGAACCCAACAGAUCUCCCAUUGCCACCAUGCUGCCUUUUCUCAGAAUACCUCGAAACUGUCCAAGGACAUAUCGUCUGACAGUUUUUGAUCCUGACGGUGACCGGGUCAGAUGCCGGUAUGGAUUAUACGAUGAAUACGAAUGCAGCAUGUGCUCCCUACCUCAGGGUUUCUCUCUUGAUCCGAAUUCCUGCACGCUGACAUACUCUCCUGUUGGACAACAAGGAUUACGUGGAUUUGAGAUUGUAGUGGAGGAUUUCCCCAGACAGCCCAUUACUCUGUCCUACUCUGAUGGAUCCUACACCACAAAAAAUCCCUUUUCUGAAGGAAGACGGAAACGUGAGAUCAUAAGCAAUUCAACAACACCAUUUUCACUGAACACCACUACAGUUCAAUGA